AGUGUGUGUACUUUCGCUAAAAUGGCUCCAGCUCUGAGCAAAUUGGCCCACAACCAAAGCGCCAUCGUCGGCGUGGCGGGAAUGACGGCAGCUUUAUGGAUAAUCGCAUACGGCAAAAUGUCCAACAAAAAGAGGAAAUCGGGCUAUGAGGAAAAAAUUCAAUACACCAUCUCGGAGAAGAAGGAGAAAAAGGCGAACAAGGCGCAUGUGAAUUCAGUAUUCUUUAAACAGCUGCGAGCGCUGCUGCCCAUACUUAUACCCAGAUUCUGGUGUGUUGAGUCGGGUUUGCUGUUGUUGAUUGCCGCCACAUUGAUUGGACGUUCCGUGAGCGACAUUUGGAUGAUUCAAAAUGCGACUGUUGUCGAGAGCACGAUUAUACAUAUGAACCGGGCCAAGUUCAAGACGGCUCUACUCAAAUAUCUGGCUGCUCUGCCAGCGAUUUCGGUGGUCACCAAUGUGCUAAAGUGGAGUUUGGGCGAACUAAAACUGCGCUUCCGCACAAAUCUGACGCAUCAUCUGUACAAUGAGUACCUCAAUGGUUAUACGUACUACAAAAUGUCAAAUCUGGAUAACCGAAUAGCCAACGCCGAUCAGCUGCUGACCACGGACAUUGAUAAGUUCUGUGAAAGUGCUACGGAUCUGUAUUCGAACAUUAGUAAACCGGUGCUGGACAUCUUCAUCUAUGUGUACCGACUGACGGUCAAUCUGGGUGGCAAGACACCGUCCAUACUGAUGCUCUAUCUACUGUUCGCCGGCGUCUUUCUAACCCGUUUGCGUCGUCCCACUGGACGCUUGACGGUCGAGGAGCAAAAACUGGAGGGUGAAUUCCGUUACGUGAACAGCAGGCUGAUCACCAACUCCGAGGAGGUUGCCUUCUAUCAGGGCAAUGUCCGUGAGAAGCUAACACUCUUGGCCAGCUAUUCCAAGCUGCGUUCCCAUCUGCGCAAGUUCCUUGAGUUCCGUGUCAGCAUGGGCAUCGUCGACAACAUUGUGGGCAAAUACUUUGCAUCGAUUGUCGGCUUUUAUGCGGUGUCGUUACCCUUCUUUUCCGACAAUCAUCCAUUGCUCUCCGGCGAGAACAGCGGCCAACGUCUUCAGGCUUAUUAUACAUAUGGACGCAUGUUGGUCAAGCUGGCGGAGGCAAUUGGCCGUUUGGUUUUGGCCGGACGUGAGAUGUCUCGUUUGGCGGGUUUCACGGCACGCAUGACGGAGCUCAUCAAGGUGCUCAGCGAUCUCAAUAAGGGCACCUACGAGCGCACCAUGGUCAAUGGCAACAGCCUGACCCAAAAUGGCAGUGACGCCGCCUCCGCCAGCAGCUUUGGCCCCAACAAGGGCAUCAUGUGCUUUGAGGAUAAUAUUAUACGUUUCGAGAAGGUGCCGCUGGUCACGCCCAAUGGCGAUGUGCUCGUCAAGGAGCUCAGCUUUGAAGUCAAGUCUGGCACCAAUGUGCUGGUCUGUGGUCCCAAUGGCUGUGGCAAAUCCUCACUGUUCCGCAUCCUGGGCGAACUGUGGCCCACGUGGGGUGGCAAGGUGACAAAGCCAUCGCGUGGCAAGCUUUUCUACAUUCCACAACGGCCUUACAUGACGCUGGGCAGCUUGCGUGAUCAGAUUAUCUAUCCGCAUACACGCGACGAUAUGCGUCGCUUGGGAAGAUCGGAUGAGGAUCUGCUGCACUUUUUGGACAUUGUACAGCUAACGUAUCUGGAGCAGCGUGAGAAUGGCCUGGAUGCGAUUGAGGAUUGGAUCGAUGUGCUGUCCGGUGGCGAGAAGCAACGUAUUGCCAUGGCCCGUCUGUUCUAUCAUAAGCCACAGUUUGCGAUCCUCGAUGAAUGCACCAGUGCCGUCUCUGUGGAUGUCGAGGGCAAGAUGUAUAGCUAUUGCCGUGAGGCGGGAAUUACGCUCUUUACUGUAUCGCAUCGUAAAUCGCUUUGGGUCCAUCACGAUUACUAUCUGCAGUUCGAUGGGCGUGGCAACUAUGAGUUCGAGACCAUCGAUCAGGAUAAGGAACAUUUUGGAUCGUAAAAAAAAAAAAAAAAAAAAAAUCUAAAUGAACAAUGAACAGUUCGUUAUGUACCAGGCAAUCAGUCAAAGUUAAGGAGCCUCAAUCAAUCCAUCUGUCAAUCAAUCUGAACAACAAUCACACAA